AUGUAUACCCUGAGGAUACCUGUGGUCUUUGCUGUGCUUUCUGUUGUAUUAAAUCACCCAAAAGCUACACCCCUUGAAAGACAGGAAUGGGAAAUUCCAGUUUGGUCAAGAAACAUGAAGCUUGAACUUCGAGGGGCAAAGCCACAACAUGAAGCAGGAAACAUCAAAAGUCAUCAGAUGGAAAAGCGUAAAUGCAACACUGCUACAUGUGUGACUCAACUCCUGACAAACUUCUUAACUCGCUCUAGCAACAACAUUGGUGCUAUUCCUCCAUCUACCAACGUGGGAUCCAAUACAUAUGGCAAGAGGAACACAGUUGAGAUUUUGAACAGAGAACCACUGUCUUACUUACCUUUAUAAAGGCUACAUAUCCCAACAAUUCUUACUGUUUUGUGCUUAAAAACUUAGUGAUUUCUUGUAUAUUUUAAUAGUGCCUUUCAACUUUGAGUGU